AUGUCCAUCCCAAUCGUCCCUCCGCGUCCGCAACGCAAUCAGCCCGCCCACACCUCCGGCAAGAACGACACUCCUCUGCUCCCGCCGAGACCAAGCCGCAAUCUCGACCCCUCUCCCGAUCGUGAGGCCUCCACUCGUUCCCCAUUGAACGCUCCCCCGACCGCUUCGAGCAAUCGCCAGAUCCGUCCCCGCUCCAGCCAAGAUCUCCCACAAAGGCCUCCAAGUGUCUCGCUGCCAGACAUUGGCCAGGAGGGAGCAGAAUACUCCAGCUUCGACCAGCUCCCGCCCGAAGCUCGUGCCGUUUCCACUUCGCCAGGAGAGCAGACCAGAAAUGUCUCUGCCGACCUGCCUAUCCACCAGCCCAAGGCGAGCGUGCCGCAGUCCACUGCGACCAGGCAGAUUCAGAAUGUCACCGGCACCGACUCCACUCAAGCUGCCGCCGCUGGCAUUGGUCGAGCUAGGCCCGCUGACGACGUCCACAAGCUUCCUCCUGCCGAUGUCGCCGGAGGAACUGGCUCUCCUUUGAGCAGCCUGACCACCAAUCCCAGGCGCGCUCCCUCCACCGACCUUCCCAAUGCUCUGGGCCAGAAGGCUAGUUUCAAUCGCUCGACUCCGAGCUUGCAGCCACUCGAACGCACCACCUCCCGCACGGGUAGCAUGCACGGCGCCGAUGAUUACGAGCACGGUAUUCCGGAGAUUGGUCGUCAAGUCCCAUUGCUCGCCAUGGCCGGAGACGUCCAGGCUCCGUCACCGGGCCAGGGACUCUCCCAACAUGCUCCAGGCAUUGGCUUCUUCAAUGACGGCUCUGGCAAAUCUCAUCGCAAGAGGGGUUCAAGACAGGAUUUUGGAGAUUCGGAUGCGUAUGGUCUGCAACACAGCACUCAAGAUCAGUUCGAGAAGGAAUGGGUCCGCAAACAUCCCCGAGAGGCUGCCAAGGAGGGAUACUAUUCGCAUUUGCCAAAGCCGGAGACUGCUUUGACGAGUGAACAACUGAACAGGCUUGUCCAUCAGAGUGAACCUGGUAGGUGGAUACUGUCAUUCGUGAAGAGGACACAAUACUGACCCUCCACUGCAGUGGUGGCUGCAGCCACACCGGGAACGCCCGACGAGCACGAUGCUGACGAGUUCCUCUCACGCAUGUCUUCAGCGCAAAGCUCUCCAGCUCCAGCUGCAGACCGUAAGAAGCGCUCCUCGAGCGGUGCGGAGGCUGCUUCACCAUUCAAGAAAUCGUUCGGCCUCAGCGAGAGGAACCGCCUCCAUCCAGACGACGCCAUCGACAGCGAAGACGAUUUUACUGGUCAGAGAAGAGCUAGUAGAUUCAUGGAUGACGAUCACGAGCACGAGCACACUGAUGGCACGCCGAUUCUGGCUGCCGACGAGCUCAUGAAAAGGCCCAGCAGCGCGUUCAUGCACGCAGCGGUCACCCCGGAUCCAGACGCAUACCAUGACGACUUUCAUUACGAGAGCGACACUGGCAGUCGCAAGGGUAGCAUUCAGCCCAAUAGUCGCCCUUCGAGCCGUCCCAGUAGUGUCCACGGAUCUCAGAGCUAUCACGGUGGGUCGUUACAUCGUUUUGUUUCCCGUGAAGAGGAGCAUCAUUCCGCCAUGGGCACACCGUUAGAAGAGAUUGAAGAGUACGAGCCGCUCUUCCCCGAAGAAGGAGAGAAGGAGAGUGCCAAGAGGACGUUCAAGAAGAGGCCGGAACUCGCACAACACCACUUCCCCAGUCGUGAUGUUUGGGAGGACACUCCGUCCUCGUUACAGUACUCCGCCACUGUCUCUACGCCGGACCUUGAAAAGAGACAGGCAGCUACUUUGGAAGCGGACAGCAAAUCUGUCGCCGAGACCUUCGAGACGCCCGAGCAAGAAAUGCAGCGUCGUAGCCAGAACAGCCGAGAGAAUGACAUGACAAGCGACAGCAAGACUUUUCUGAAACCGCAUUUCAAGCCAGGUGUUGCCGAAGAGAUCCACCGACCAGGAGUACACCGCUUCCCCAGCUCGGACGUGUGGGAAGACUCACCUGACAGCUACACCCUUGUCAACCAGACGACGGUCAGCAAUCUAGAUGUCGAAGGUCCGAAGAGUCCGGAAGAGCCUCUUGCGAAGCCGAGCAUUCCCACACGACCUCAAAGGAAAUCAAAGCUUGCCGAAGGAGGUGGACUACCUGAAGACGCUCAGCGCGAUGUCAAGAGCCCACCGAAUGCACCAGAGAAGCCCAAAGUGCCUGUGCGACCUGCCCGUUCAUCAAAACCAGAGCAGCUCGAGGGUGCCGGAUUGGAAAGAUCAGGCGAUGCAGCCGCUGCAGUCAAGGCGAAACCUCCUGUCCCGGCCAGACCAGGUGGCAAGUUUGGCGCUCAAGCGGGUUUCUUGGCGGAUCUGAACAACCGUCUGCGAGUCGGCCCUCAAGGUCCUCCGCCCAAGAGGGACCCCGAACCUGAAGCCGACGAAGAGGCACUCAAAGCGCCACUCGCCGAUGCCCGCAAGACUCGCGCCAAGGGUCCUCAGAGGAGGAAACCCGCCGCCGCUCCAUCUCACCACCGGAAGUCUUCCGUAACGUUUGCUUUCUCGCCACUUAUCAACUGCUGGUCCAUCGACGAAGGGGAGGAACUCACCGUUCACGAACGCGAAGAAAAAGAAGCACAGAAACAAGAAAUCCCAUCAAGUGGCAUUGCAGCGCCGGAAGCGGAAAAGGCUCUCGCAAUGAACGAACUGGAGAAUGUAGAAUCUGUUACUCCAGCAGAGGAAGCGGGUGAUGCCCAUGAUAUCGCUCGUCGGAUCAGUACGUCUGAGCAGCCCGGUACGGAGGCGCGUCAACAUGGUGAAUCGGAGACGGAAUUGAAAGCUGCGUUGGCGAAGGCGGGUGCGGCACCGACUUCGUAUUCUGCUCCUGAGGAUGCGAUUGCGGAAGGAGGAGAGGAGGAAGAAGGCAAGAUUGCAGCCGCCAAGGAAGCAGAGGCGUAG